CCUUUAUCCAUCCCAUCUUUCUUUCAUCCCGUCUUCACUCUUGCGAGGACAAAGCGUAGCUCCGUUUUCGAGAAGAGCUGCGUCGAGUUGCCGUUGCAACAAUUGAGGUACAUACACACACACAGUAUGGCUCCUGCUGAACUGCGGUAUGACGGCCAGACCGUUGUAGUUACCGGUGCCGGUGGUGGUUUGGGCCGUGACUACGCUGUCUUCUUCGGCAGCCGAGGUGCCAACGUUGUCGUCAACGAUCUAGGUGGCAGCUUCAAGGGCGAGGGCGGUGGCUCAGCAGCCGCCGACAAGGUCGUGCAAGAGAUCCGCGCUGCUGGCGGCAAGGCCGUGCCCAACUACGAUUCGGUGGAGAAUGGUGAAGCCAUCAUCAAGACAGCCAUUGACAACUUUGGCCGCAUUGAUGUCCUCAUCAACAAUGCUGGCAUCUUGCGUGAUGUCAGCUUCAAGAACAUGAAGCAGCAGGACUGGGACCUCAUCUACAAGGUCCACGUCAAGGGAGCCUACAAGUGCGCGCACGCCGCGUGGCCCUACUUCAGGAAACAGAAGUACGGUCGCUUGAUCAGCACUGCUUCGGCUGCUGGUCUGUUUGGUUCUUUCGGCCAGACCAACUACUCUGCUGCCAAACUCGCCCUCGUCGGCUUCACCGAGACAUUAGCAAAGGAAGGUUUGAAAUACAACAUCCACUGCAAUGUCAUUGCACCCAUCGCUGCUUCUCGUAUGACCGAGACCGUCAUGCCCCCCGACGUUCUCGCAAAGCUCAAGCCCGAGUGGAUUGUACCUCUCGUCGCUGUUCUCACACACAAGUCCUGCUCGGAAACAGGCUCAAUAUACGAGGCCGGUGGUGGUCACAUCGCGAAGCUGCGGUGGGAGCGUUCCAAGGGUGCGCUGUUCAAGCCCGACGAGUCCCUCACACCCGGCGCCGUGGCGGCUAAAUGGAAGGAAAUUGUCGACUUCUCACAGCCAGAACACCCACAGGGUCCCGCAAAUGCGAUGGAACUCCUCGAGUCCGCUUUCAAAUUGCCUUCCAGCCCCAAGGUAGAACAGCCAAGUUUCAAGGACAAGGUUGUCCUAGUUACUGGUGGUGGUGCUGGUCUUGGUCGUGCGUAUGCGUUGCUGUUCGCUAAGCUCGGAGCGAAACUCGUUAUCAACGACCUUGCCAACCCAGACACGGUUGUGCAAGAAAUUCAGAAGCUUGGUGGCCAGGCUGUCGGCAACAAGGCCAAUGUUCUGGACGGCGAGGCUGUUAUCAAGACUGCGAUAGAUACGUAUGGCCGCGUCGAUGUUCUCAUCAACAACGCUGGCAUUCUUCGCGACAAGGCCUUUACCAACAUGACCGAUGAGCAAUGGGACAUCAUCCACCAGGUUCAUCUGUUUGGUACAUACGCUUGCUCAAAGGCUGCAUGGCCUUACAUGCUCAAGCAGAAAUAUGGCCGUAUCAUCAACACGACCUCUACCAGCGGUAUCUACGGCAACUUCGGACAGGCCAACUAUGCGUCGGCCAAAUGCGGUAUUCUUGGUUUCUCCAAGUCGCUCGCUCUCGAGGGAAAGAGGAACAACAUCUUCGUCAACACAAUCGCGCCCAAUGCCGGCACGCAAAUGACGGCUACCAUCAUGCCUGAAGAGAUGGUUCAAGCCCUCAAGCCCGACUUUGUCGCUCCGCUUGUGGUCCUCCUCUCUUCUGACAAAGCCCCCGAGCCUACUGGCGGACUUUAUGAGGGUGGAAACGGUUGGUUUGCAGCCACCCGUUGGCAGCGAACGGGCGGCCACGGUUUCCCCGUUGAUGUCAAGCUCACUCCUGAGGCCGUUCUCGAGCAGUGGGAGAGAAUUAACAACUUCGACGAUGGCCGUGCGGAUCAUCCCUUCGACAACUCCGAUGGUCUCAAGAGCAUUAUGGCUAAUAUGGAGAAUGUUAGCAAGGGUGGCAAGAAAGAGAAGAAGGGCAAUGAUGAGGUCCUCAAGGCUAUUGAAGCCGCCAAAGCCGCCAAAGCGCAGGGCUCGCCUUUCGAGUAUGACGAGAAGGAUGUCAUCCUAUACAACCUUGGUAUCGGCGCCAAACGCACCGAGCUUCCCCUUGUUUUCGAAAACAACGAGAACUUCCAGGUGGUUCCCACGUUUGGUGUGAUCCCACCUUUCAACGCCGAAGCUCCCUUUUCUUUUAGCGAAAUUCUGCCCAACUUCUCCCCGAUGAUGCUCCUACACGGCGAGCAGUACCUUGAGAUUCGCAAGUUCCCAAUCCCCACCGAAGCCAAGCUCGUGUCCUACCCAUCUCUCGUUGAAGUUGUCGACAAGGGCGCUGCAGGCAUCGUCGUGACUGGUACUACCACCAAGGAUGCCAACACCGGCGAGGAUAUCUUCUACAACGAAGCUACCGUCUUCGUGCGUGGUUCAGGUGGAUUUGGCGGCCCUUCCAAGGGCUCAGAUCGUGGUGCGGCGACCACGGUGCACAAACCUCCAAAGCGCGCACCCGAUGCCGUGGUGGAGGAGAAGACAUCGCCGGACCAGGCAGCUCUUUACCGACUCUCAGGCGACCGCAACCCCUUACACAUUGAUCCAGAAUUUAGCAAAGUCGGUGGCUUCAAGGAUCCAAUUCUUCACGGCUUGUGCUUCUUCGGUAUCUCAGGCAAGCACGUUUUGCAAACCUACGGCGCAUUCAAAAACGUAAAAGUCCGAUUUGCGGGCACUGUCAUUCCUGGCCAAACGCUCAAGACGGAGAUGUGGAAGGUCAACAACACCGUAGUCUUCCAGACCACCGUCGUGGAGACGGGCAAGCUCUGCAUUUCUGGAGCCGGUGCAGAGUUGCUUGGUGGAGGCUCGAAAUUGUAAGAGCCGUAAUCUGAAACAAAAAGUUACGUUCUACUCAAAGGAGGAUGAUGCAGAUGAAGCGUUGUUUUUGUAUAUAUUCCACGAUUUCUAUCUUGUUGGUCAUGCUGUUGUACGGAUAUCAAGUCUAUAUAUGAUGGAUUUUUUUUGCUUGUUCAUGCUUUCUGCUUCCCUAAUCAUGCACGCCUCUUGCCUUGUUCAUAUCGUAUGUCGAUAUUUGUGAUGUAGCAUGAUGUUUCCCGCCUAACAGUCUCCGAUGCUAUCAGGGUCCAGAUCCUUGUGGUCAACAAUCUCUCACUGGUUACACAGACACUAUGAUCGCUCGCCCGUGAUGCUUUCUUUGAAAAUGGCCCGAGUCGUAUCAAAUUCCAUUCAUCGCAAUGCUAAGUAUACCGAAACCAUGUAUUCAUAUAUGACGUUGAAUAAUGCAUCACCCGUGGAGUACAUCAAUUGAUAACCAUUGGGUCCCAAAAACUCGAUAAACAACGUUACCCAGCUACCAAUCUACCACAAAGUCUCAAGCACUCCCAAUCUUUGCAAGAAUGCGAAAAUUCUCUGCGACACCUUCCUCUCCCACAAUUUCGUCACCUCUCUGUACCUGCCUCCUGCUUGCCUCCCAUCAACAAUCACU